AUGGAGGAUUCUGGGAGUCGUCCAGAUGCAAUGGUGCCGGUUGAGGGUGUGGCGGGAGGUGGGACCGCUUACGGGUGGAGUGAAACUGGCAUUCAGGAUCCAUCUGUACUGACGGGUUCGAUUGAUCCCCUCAAAGUUCACUCGUCCGAGCUAGUGCACGUCUGGUGCAUGCCAAGCUCGGCAAAUGUUGGGCAACAGGACAUGCCUCGUGCACUUGAGCCCAUUUCUCUGUUAGCUGCGAGAAAUGAGAGGGAAAGUGUCCAGAUAGCUAUUCGUCCAAAAGUUUCCUGGGCUGGGUCAAGUAUAGCUGGAACUGUACAGAUGCAAUGUACUGAUCUGUGCACGACUUCCGGUGAUAGAUUGUUAGUUGGUGAAUCGUUAAAGGUGAGGCGAGUAGUGCCUAUUUUGGGGGUGCCUGAUGCUCUUGUGCCUCUUGAAGUCCCCAAUUCUCAACUGACCCUUUUCCCUGGAGAAACAAUGGCAAUUUGGGUUUCAAUUGAUGUCCCAACCACACAGGCUCCUGGGCAAUAUGAAGGAGAGCUCAUAUUUACAGCUACCAGACCCGAUGCAGAAUCUACAGCACAUUGCCUGCGUAAAGCUGAUAGGACUCAACUUUACCAAGAAAUAAGGAGUUUUCUUGAAGUUGUGGAGCCCAUCGAUGGGAAACCAUUACAUGAAGUGGUGGAAAGAGUGCAAUCCGGGUUUUCAUCUUUGAGAAGAAUGCUUCAGUCUCCACUGUUUUCUGACUUGAAUUCUGACAAUGGCUCAGUAGAUAUGAUGGAUGAGGAUGCAAUAUCGAACCUUUCAAUCCGGGUGAAGAUAACUUUAACAGUGUGGGAUUUUAUUCUUCCUGCUACGCCUUCUCUUCCUGCUGUUAUUGGUAUAUCUGAUACAGUAAUUGAAGACCGAUUUGGUAUUGAGCAUGGAAGUACCAACUGGUAUGAGGCACUGGAUAAGCAUUUUAAGUGGCUGCUUCAGUAUAAAAUCAGCCCAUAUUUCUGUAGGUGGCGUGAAAACAUGCGGGUUCUCACUUACACCUCACCGUGGCCAGCUGAUCAUCCAAAAUCAGAUGAGUAUUUUUCUGAUCCCAGGCUCGCAGCUUAUGCUGUGCCAUAUAGUCCUGUGGUCCCAUGUAGCGACUCAACAAAGGACUUUCUACAAAGAGAAGUUGAUAUACUAAGAACAAAAAGUCAUUGGAGAAAAGCUUACUUUUAUUUGUGGGAUGAGCCUCUGAACCUUGAACAUUAUGAGGCUAUUCGUAACAUGGCAAGUGAAAUUCAUGCUUACGCACCAGAUGCCCGUAUUAUGACAACUUACUACAGUGGCCCAAGUGAUUCGCCCCUGGCUGAUAACAACUUUGAGGCUUUUCUCAAAGUUCCAGAAUUUCUUCGCCCUCACACUCAAAUAUAUUGCACAAGUGAAUGGGUGAUAGGCAACCGUGAAGAUCUUGCUAAGGACAUAAUUGCUGAAAUACAACCUGAAAAUGGUGAGGAAUGGUGGACAUACGUGUGCAUGGGACCAUCUGAUCCUCAUCCUAAUUGGCACUUGGGGAUGAGGGGAACACAACACCGAGCUGUGAUGUGGCGUGUUUGGAAAGAGGGUGGGACGGGAUUUCUAUACUGGGGUGCUAAUUGCUACGAGAAGGCUACUGUUCCUAGUGCUGAGAUUAAGUUUAGACGUGGGCUUCCUCCUGGCGAUGGAGUCUUGUAUUACCCGGGACAAGUGUUCUCAUCUUCAGAAGAACCAGUUGCUUCGUUACGGUUAGAGCGACUUUUAAGUGGGUUACAGGACAUUGAGUACCUGAAACUCUACAGUUCAAGGUUCGGUAGAGAAGAAGGCCUUAAUCUUUUGGAGAAAACGGGAAUGUAUUUUGGUCCCGAGAGGCUUGGCCCGACUUCUCCAUCCAGCCCGCAGCUCACCAGUAAGAUUGUGAGCAGCCUGGCGACGUCCGGGCUUGUGCUCGGGCAUGCCUCCGGCGGGUCUUCGGGCCUGAACGACAUGAUGAUGGGCCCGUCAAUUUUCGUCGAGAAGCCCACGACUCUCGACUUUCUCGGGCUGGGAAUGGAGGAGGGUGUUGAUCAGUCCCAGCCUGCGGGCUUCUCAGCCUUUCUGAGCUCGACGGGCGGUGACGGGCUUCGUAAUAUGGGUGGUUUUUUUAUGAGUUGGGAGAGAGAUUCUUGA